UCGUGAGUGCUAACGCCAUCAUUAUCAGCAGCCGAAGACGUGCUGGCUGUGCGCGUGCCCGUGCGUUCCACUCCGCCAUUCGUACCAGCAUUCAGCUACCGGUGUAAUCGACCCGAAAGAUGCUGCAGGCCGAGGAGGACCUGGCUGCCCGCAUGUUGGACAAGUCGGUGCAACUCGACGUGGUGCGCUAUAGGUACUUUACAAAAAUUAAGGAGCUGGAAAGUCAGGUUGCGCUGCUGAAGAAGGAUAGGGACGACCUCUCGGCAUUGGUGGUGUCUGGCAAUGAUGUAAACAAGAAGUCCCAGCAGAGUCGCAUCGCGGAACAAGAGCGGAAGCGCAUCAAGGAGCUGGAGGAGCGCGCUGAGGAGAUGCGAAAGAAAGUCCAGGAGCAGGCCAAGGUGAUCGGGCUGAAGGAGGAAGCGGCACGCACUUCGAAAAAACUCAUGGAAGAAAUCCUCGAGAUGAAGCAGACGUGCGUGCGGCUGAUGCGCCAGCUCAAUGAAGAGUCCGAGCAGCACCGCCGGGCCCAAAGGGAGCACGAACGUGAGGUGAGCAGCCUGCAGCUGCGCGAGCAGCAGCAGGUGGCGGAGGCGGCGCGGCAAGAGCGCCAGAUCGGCCUUAAGAUGAGCGCGCUGAAACGACGCUUGGAGGAGGCACUGGCGGACAAGUCGCGCCUGGAGGCGGCACUGCAGAAGCAGCAGGUCGCCACCGGCAAGAGGGACACCCCGGAGGAAGUGGCCCGUCGCUUAGGCCACAGUUGA